CCAGUGGGAGGCGACGGAGUGAUGCGCAAAGACGCGCUUGUGCCACUGUAACAACUGUGACUUUCUACAUCUCCGUCAACGUUCAGACACCAAAAUGAAAUGAAUUCAACAUCUGCCGGGGACUCGUGCUCCUAUUUUUCCUAUCCCGCGGAGAUGCCUGCAUGUUACAAAGACCUAUGCGGAGGAGCAAGUAACUUUGCCAAUAUGCCCUAUUGGACAUUGACAUUACACACAGGAGACUCCUAUGGAAUAUAGUCCGCUCUUUCACUCAGCUCAGCCGGUGAAAAACAAACUUUUCGUCUUCUGCAUCAUGCUGUCACUGUGGGUGUACAUGCUGUACUGCUGUGCGGGCUACUCCUCCACCACACCGAGCUUCAUGAUGGAAGAAAGGAGCAGCAGGAAUCCACCCAGACCCAUCCAGAAACAAGACCUGGAGAUGUUCCUCAAAAGCCAGUCCGGGGACUUACUAAACAACGAAAGUGAUGCUGACAGCAAAGGAGACGGCUGGGAGGAAAACAAGGGCGAUGUUGUUUAUGACGAGGACUCGGGAGUAGCAGGUGCCCUGAAUGGGUCCGAGACCAAAAAGUUGCCCCAAGCGAUUAUAAUAGGGGUGAAGAAGGGCGGGACGCGCGCGCUGCUCGAGUUUCUGCGCCUCCAUCCUGAUAUCCGCGCGGUGGGAGCGGAGCCGCACUUUUUUGAUCGCAACUACGAGAAAGGACUCGAGUGGUACAGGGAACUAAUGCCUGAAACUCAGGAGGGUCAGCUGACUAUGGAGAAGACACCAAGCUACUUUGUAACGAAGGAGGUCCCAGGCCGGAUCCAUGCCAUGUCCAAGGACACUAAGCUGAUAGUUGUGGUUAGAGACCCAGUAACCCGGGCGAUCUCGGACUACACGCAGACCCGCUCAAAGAAACCCGACAUCCCGUCCUUUGAGAGCUUGACUUUUAAAAACAUCACAGCGAAUCUAAUAGACACCUCGUGGAGUGCGGUGCAGAUCGGCAUGUACGCCAGGCAUUUGGAGCAGUGGCUGCAGUUUUUUCCCAUGAGCCAGUUGUUGUUUGUGAGCGGGGAGCGUCUGAUCAGCGACCCGGCCGGGGAAAUGGCCCGCGUACAGCACUUUUUGGGCCUGAGGAGGGAGGUCACGCACAAACACUUUCACUUUAACCCUGCCAAGGGCUUCCCUUGCCUCAAGAGACCUGAAAGCAAUACCAAACAGCACUGCCUUGGCAAAACUAAAGGCCGCACGCAUCCAAACAUCCACCCAGAUGUGAUUCAAAGACUGCGAGACUUCUACACGCCAUUUAACAAAAAGUUCUACCACAUGACCGGCCAUGACUUUGGCUGGGACUGAUUUUGUAGUUUUUGGGACCACAUCUUAAAAUAAUUAAUUGUAAAAAGUAUAGAACUAUUUUAUAAUAAUUUAUUGAAAAUAAUAUACUCACUCGGCUGCAAUCUGUUGUUGUACGUACUGCAAUUUUCUACCCUUUACAUUCCAGUCAAACAUUCCAGAUAUUUUGUCUUUUUUAAUAGGAAAAUAAAAAAAUAUUUGACGUAGGAAUUUAGGAGAGGGGAUGUCUGACAAAGGACAAUAGCACAAUGAAACUAAUUACGGGUAUUCGAUGAGUCAUGGAAAACAUUUAUCUGUUCAGUUACAUAAAAGUCCCUAAUUUUUGCUUUAGUAAACAUUAUCUACUGUUAUUCUUUCUUUUCUUUUUUUUUGAGGAUUCCAGCAUGCCAUCCUU